AUGGCUACCGAGACGGCGCAAGUGGCGACGAGUAAGAAGACCCCGUCGGACUUUCUCAAGAGCGUGUUGGGUCGCCCCGUGGACGUCAAGCUGAAUAACGGCGUGGAGUACAAGGGCGUCUUGGCGUGUCUCGAUGGCUUCACGAACAUUGCGAUGGAGCAGACGCAGGAGUACCAGAACGGCCAGCUCAAGGCCCAGUACGGAGACUGCUUUAUUCGAGGCAAUAAUGUGCUCUACAUCUCGGCGGCCAAGUGA